AUGAACACCAAGCGACCCCUUCACUCGUCUACGAUGCUGAUGAGUCCUGCCCCUGAGGCCAUCGGCGACCGCUUCAUCCCCGCCCGUGGUGGCAUGAACUUUGAAGCUGCCCACUACAGCCUCACCUCCGCCACAUCCGUGGCCUCCUUCCCCUUUACGAAGAAGGAGAAUACUCACCCCAACAUCCCCACGUCUGUCGUGCGCAGCCCUGCUGUGUGGGAGCGCUACACGUCAUCCCUGUCGGGAGUGCUUCUGGGCGAGAGCAAGGCGACAAAGAUCCUCGCCUACAAGCACAAGGCACCCGUUCUCGAGACCUACCAGAACCAGAUGAAGACUCUCUACUCGGCCAACAAGAAGCCAGGCACGUCUACCCCCUCCCUCUCCUCUAACGUUUCUUCUUCGACCAGAAGGCUGCCGUCGGGUCCUGAGCGGGUGCUCGAUGCCCCGGGCCUUCGAGACGACUACUACCUCAACCUGCUCGACUGGUCGGUCCACAACGUGCUGGCGGUGGCGCUCGGGCGCACCCUCUACCUGUGGAACGCCACCUCGUCCAAGAUCGACAUGCUCUUCGAGAUGCCUGAAGACGAGGACAGCAUCACCUCCGUCUCGUGGAUGGCUGAUGGCAACACCAUUGCCUUUGGCACCAGCAGCAACGAGGUGCAGCUGUGGGAUGUCACCCAGAGCCGUCCGCUGAGAGUCAUGCGAGGCCACCACGACCGCGUCUCCUCGCUGUCGUGGAAUCGCGCCAUCCUCUCGAGCGGCAGUCGCGACACCACGAUCAUCAACCACGACGUACGGAUCGCGCAGAACUUGGUCGCUCAGCUGGCGGGCCACUCGGAUGAAGUGUGCGGUCUCAAGUGGAGCGAGGACGGCAUGCAGCUUGCGUCGGGAGGCAACGACAACAUCCUCCACGUGUGGGACGAAGGUCGCACCACAGCCCCGCGCUUCAGGCUCGACCACCACACGUCGGCGGUCAAGGCGCUCGCGUGGUGUCCCUGGCAAGGUGGUCUGCUGGCGUCCGGUGGCGGCACUGCCGAUCGCUGCAUCAAGACGUGGAACACGCGGACGGGCGCCUGCCUGCAUUCGAUCGACACCGGCUCGCAGGUCUGCAGCUUGCUGUGGUCACGAACGCACAAGGAGCUCAUCUCGUCGCACGGCUUCCCGCACCACCAGCUCUCGGUGUGGAAGUUCCCCACGAUGGCGAAGGUCGGUGACCUCCACGGCCAUACUUCGCGCGUGCUGUUCACGGCGCUCAGCCCCGACGGAGAGACGGUGGCGUCGUGCGCCUCGGACGAGCGGAUCCGCCUGUGGAAGGUGUGGCCGGUCGGGACUGGGUCUUCCCGCUCGUCGUCGCGCAAGGACGGAGGAGCCUCCCAGCCAGAGUCUACGCGCCUGAACCACAUUCGCUGA